AUGCGACAUUCUUUAUCAGAGCCGUCAAUUGAAAAAUUAAUACAGCGUCGCCGUACCUUAGAACUCAAACGUGGUGAAAUUUUAUAUCAUGCUGGUGAUAAACCUCAGGGUCUUUGGGCUGUUUGCUCUGGCCGUGUCAAAACCUAUUUAUUAACCAACGAAGGCAAAGCAUUAAUUACAGCUAUAGCUGGACCUGGAGAUAUUAUUGGGCAUCGUGAUUUUAUCAACGGUGAUACACAUCGAGAUUUUACAGAAUCCUUAGAUGAUGCACUUGUUGCACAUUUAGAUGCAGACUUAGUACAAGAAUUUUUGGAUACUGAUCCUGUUUUUGCACAAAAAUUAUUACGUAGAUUAGCGGGGGAUUUACUUGAUGCAGAGGAACGAGCAAGUACGAUUGCAUACCGUUUUGCAAAAGAACGAAUUAUCCAAGCACUUGAUGAAUUCAAUGAUGAAGCAGAUCGUUAUGAUCCGAGUUCCGCGUACCCUUUAAUAGUUGUCCGCCGUCAAGUAUUAGCAGAACGUGCUGGACUUACAAUAGAAACAACCGUUCGUAUGCUAAAACAGUUAGAGCAAGAAGGAAAAAUAAAAAUCGAAGGGCGUAAAAUUCGGCUUUGUUAUCGAUUAAGAGGUGAAGGCCAGCAGCAAAAUGCCGUCUGCUAG